UACCCCAAAACUUCACGGGGGUCAAAGACUCGGGAACUUAGCCUGAAGUCAUCGGUCUUUUCUUUUUCUCGGCUUUCCGCUUGCAUCCCUCUAUAUGGCAAGUUCUACUAUACGCUGCAGCUCAUACUCUUUAUGGAGUAUUAAUAUUGGGGUUGUGAAAAAAUGCGGGAAGUUCCAUCAUUAAUCACCUUAUGCAUAUAUACAAUCAGAGAUGAACUCAUUCAAGGGGAUGAUGUUGAACUUUCAUCAGUCUUAUAUCAACUUCCCACAGAGUUGUUCGACCAGUUGUUGCCGCAAUUGCCUCCAUUGGCAUUGCAAAAAUUACAAGAAAGGAAACCUGAUGUCUUGAAUGAUUAUGAGCUUUUGACUGAUGGUGUUGAUAAUCAGAGAAAGCGUAAAAGAUAUCUGAAUUUUGAGGAAGAGUGGAAAACUCUCUAUGAAUUACGGUGGCCUGCUCUUGGCCGGCAGAGUAAGAAUUCCAAGAAUAAGUCAUUUGACAGCUCAGCAAAAGGAAAAGAAGCAGAGCGUGAAUCCACAGAUGAUUGGCAACAGAUGUACUGGGAAGCACAUUUGCAGAAAUGCCUGGAUACAGCAGCAGAGAUAGCUUUAUUCCCAGCUUUUCAUGGUCAGAUUAGUGAAAUAGAAGUUCCUGAUUCAAUUUUAAAUUAUAUUGAUCAUAGGGGACAUAUCGACAAAAUCACAUGUGACUACUCCAAGUUUGCUUAUCACUGCCAACAAUUCGGAUCAUAUGCCAGACACCUGAGACUGCCAAAUGUUCUGUGUGUGGAAGAAACUUGUCAUUUACUUAGAAAUGCAAGGUUGGAGAGUCUGGAAUUACAGUGGAUUAAGUCUGAUGAGCAUGUCGAGGGGUUAUGCAAACUCAUCAACCAGAACUAUCGAUCCCUAAAGUCGAUUAAAUUCAUGUAUUGCAAGUUUACAGUGGCUUCUCUUGAUGCAAUUUGCGACUUGCUAUGCAUGCUUUGUCCUCAAGCACCUGAAAUGCAACAUUUCUCAAUCAAGACAUCAAGCAUCCUAGGGAACAACAUUUCUUCUUUGCCUGCUGGACUAGUAUCUUUUAUAUCAUCAGGGAGGUCCUUGUCUUCAUUAUGCUUAUCAGACAAUCAUCUUCAUCGACAUUUUGCGAGGAUAGUUUUUGAUACCCUCCUUGAUGCUUCAUCUAGUAUUACCAUUCUGGAUCUUUCAGAAAACAAUAUUACGGGAUGGCUUUCUCAUUUUAAAUGGAAGGGCAAAAGUAUCAAAGAGCUAUCUGGGACAUACAAUUCAUUAAAGUCAUUAAAGAAACUUAAUUUAAGGAACUGCAAUCUACAGAGGGACGAUGUGGAUUGUCUCAGAUAUGCGCUAGUCCACAUUCCUAAUCUGGAGCAACUUGAUCUCAGUGACAACCCUAUCGAGGAUGAUGGAUUCAGGUGCUUGAGUACCUACUUCAAAGAGAUGUCACAAAGGUAUUUCUCCCUUGUCGAAUUGAAGUUGGAAAGUUGUGAGCUUACUUGCUCCGGAGUUUGUGAACUUCUAGAAGUUCUUUCUGCUUUGAGAAAACCACUCAGUUUUCUCUCAAUUGGAGGCAAUUAUCUUGGCAGUGAGAUAGGGACACCAUUAGGUAAGUUUCUAUGCGGAGGUAUUCAGGCUUUUGAUAUUGAAGACAUAGGACUAGGUUCUUCUGGCUUCUUGAAAGCAGGCAAAGAGUUAGUCAAGGAAUCAAAGCUCCGCUCCAUCAACAUAAGCAAGAAUCGAGGUGGAAUUGAAACUGCAAGAUUUCUGUCAAAGCUUUUCUCUCAUGCCCCAGAUCUUUCAUCAGUAAAUGCAAAAUACAACUUUAUGGCCAAAGAAUCUUUGUCAAUCCUGAGCUGCGGUGUAAAAGUUGCAAAAGGUAAACUGGAGCAUUUGGAUUUGAGAGGAAAUAUUAUAUGUGAAGAAGAACUUGCUGAUUUUUCUGAGCUGGCUGAGCUUCGAACCAGUGGAAAUUUUGUUCUGGAACUCUCUUCUUCACCAGCACAAAAUGUACCUUAUGAUGAUGAUCCUUAGUUGCUUCAGCUGUCAGGUUGAAAGCUAAGAGCAUGGAUAAUGAUCUGUCAAGUCCCCCCACCCCCCACAAAACCCCCAAUGGCAAAGACAGUGCAACACAUGGUUUGUGGUAGGCGCGUUUCACGAGUUCUGGUCUGCUAUGGGUUGACUUAGGUGUUAAGUGGAGAAAGGCAGAGGUGCGGACCCAUCAUGCGAGUUUUGAAACUGGAAACUACAAAUAUGGAGUUUAAAGAAAAAAGAUAGCGAUAUCUUUGUAACACUAAGUACUGUUCAUUCCUGAAUAUGUUGUGUUGUAUAACAGGACAUAAGACUGAUGAGUAAUAAUGACCUUAAAAAGGAGCUCAAUCAGAUUAUCCCUAGUGAAUGUGAUAUUGAGACUAAUACAUAGUGUUUCUUGUUUUGAGAGUUCCUUCUGAAUAUCACACUGUUAAAUUGUUUUGAUUAUAUAAAUUUCAGGUUUUCUUUU